AUGGGUGGAGCCGAAUCAGCCGAGAUGGAUGCCAAGCAAAAGAAAUUGGCCGAGAUCAGUGGCAAGACAACGACCAACGAGAAGAACGUGGGCAGCGAAGGGACUUUGUACACGAAAGCGGAAAAGAAGGCACGUGUCACGGACUUUGAAGCCAUGAGCGAGCUUACAAGCAGCGUAAACAAGACAAUGAAGGGGCCUCAGGAGCCCGAGACGGAGCCGAACAACGGUAAGACGCAAGGGGACAAAGAAACGGUCAAGACGGAGGUGUUCCAGUCGCAGGAAGCCGACGGCAGCAUCGUGACAAAGACGGUGAAGACGACGACACGACUUUCGACGUCUGCCAGCGGCGAGCUGGUGAAGACCUUUGAGGUGGAGACGACGACGGAGACAGAGACGACUUCCGGCGAGAAGAGCACCACGGUGGAGACAGAAACGCGCGAGGAGACGGAGGUGGAGGAAAGCAGCCUCACGACGACGUCCGGCAACACGACGACGUCCGUGUCAGGUGGUCAGGUCAUCCGCUCAACCGUGGAGGCUGGCGCGGCCCCGGGCGAGUCGGUGCAGACUGAGGUGUUCCAGUCGCAGGAAGCCGACGGCAGCAUCGUGACAAAGACGGUGAAGACGACGACACGACUUUCGACGUCUGCCAGCGGCGAGCUGGUGAAGACCUUUGAGGUGGAGACGACGACGGAGACAGAGACGACUUCCGGCGAGAAGAGCACCACGGUGGAGACAGAAACGCGCGAGGAGACGGAGGUGGAGGAAAGCAGCCUCACGACAACGUCCGGCAACACGACGACGUCCGUGUCAGGUGGUCAGGUCAUCCGCUCAACCGUGGAGGCUGGCGCGGCCCCGGGCGAGUCGGUGCAGACUGAGGUGUUCCAGUCGCAGGAAGCCGACGGCAGCAUCGUGACAAAGACGGUGAAGACGACGACACGACUUUCGACGUCUGCCAGCGGCGAGCUGGUGAAUACCUUUGAGGUGGAGACGACGACGGAGACAGAGACGACUUCUGGCGAGAAGAGCACCACGGUGGAGACAGAAACGCGCGAGGAGACGGAGGUGGAGGAAAGCAGCCUCACGACAACGUCCGGCAACACGACGACGUCCGUGUCAGGUGGUCAGGCCAUCCGCUCAACCGUGGAGGCUGGCGCGGCCCCGGGCGAGUCGGUGCAGACUGAGGUGUUCCAGUCGCAGGAAGCCGACGGCAGCAUUGUGACAAAGACGGUGAAGACGACGACACGACUUUCGACGUCUGCCAGCGGCGAGCUGGUGAAGACCUUUGAGGUGGAGACGACGACGGAGACAGAGACGACUUCCGGCGAGAAGAGCACCACGGUGGAGACAGAAACGCGCGAGGAGACGGAGGUGGAGGAAAGCAGCCUCACGACAACGUCCGGCAACACGACGACGUCCGUGUCAGGUGGUCAGGCCAUCCGCUCAACCGUGGAGGCUGGCGCGGCCCCGGGCGAGUCGGUGCAGACUGAGGUGUUCCAGUCGCAGGAAGCCGACGGCAGCAUUGUGACAAAGACGGUGAAGACGACGACACGACUUUCGACGUCUGCCAGCGGCGAGCUGGUGAAGACCUUUGAGGUGGAGACGACGACGGAGACAGAGACGACUUCCGGCGAGAAGAGCACCACGGUGGAGACAGAAACGCGCGAGGAGACGGAGGUGGAGGAAAGCAGCCUCACGACGACGUCCGGCAACACGACGACGUCCGUGUCAGGUGGUCAGGCCAUCCGCUCAACCGUGGAGGCUGGCGCGGCCCCGGGCGAGUCGGUGCAGACUGAGGUGUUCCAGUCGCAGGAAGCCGACGGCAGCAUUGUGACAAAGACGGUGAAGACGACGACACGACUUUCGACGUCUGCCAGCGGCGAGCUGGUGAAGACCUUUGAGGUGGAGACGACGACGGAGACAGAGACGACUUCUGGCGAGAAGAGCACCACGGUGGAGACAGAAACGCGCGAGGAGACGGAGGUGGAGGAAAGCAGCCUCACGACGACGUCCGGCAACACGACGACGUCCGUGUCAGGUGGUCAGGCCAUCCGCUCAACCGUGGAGGCUGGCGCGGCCCCGGGCGAGUCGGUGCAGACUGAGGUGUUCCAGUCGCAGGAAGCCGACGGCAGCAUCGUGACAAAGACGGUGAAGACGACGACACGACUUUCGACGUCUGCCAGCGGCGAGCUGGUGAAGACCUUUGAGGUGGAGACGACGACGGAGACAGAGACGACUUCUGGCGAGAAGAGCACCACGGUGGAGACAGAAACGCGCGAGGAGACGGAGGUGGAGGAAAGCAGCCUCACGACAACGUCCGGCAACACGACGACGUCCGUGUCAGGUGGUCAGGCCAUCCGCUCAACCGUGGAGGCUGGCGCGGCCCCGGGCGAGUCGGUGCAGACUGAGGUGUUCCAGUCGCAGGAAGCCGACGGCAGCAUCGUGACAAAGACGGUGAAGACGACGACACGACUUUCGACGUCUGCCAGCGGCGAGCUGGUGAAGACCUUUGAGGUGGAGACGACGACGGAGACAGAGACGACUUCUGGCGAGAAGAGCACCACGGUGGAGACAGAAACGCGCGAGGAGACGGAGGUGGAGGAAAGCAGCCUCACGACAACGUCCGGCAACACGACGACGUCCGUGUCAGGUGGUCAGGCCAUCCGCUCAACCGUGGAGGCUGGCGCGGCCCCGGGCGAGUCGGUGCAGACUGAGGUGUUCCAGUCGCAGGAAGCCGACGGCAGCAUCGUGACAAAGACGGUGAAGACGACGACACGACUUUCGACGUCUGCCAGCGGCGAGCUGGUGAAGACCUUUGAGGUGGAGACGACGACGGAGACAGAGACGACUUCUGGCGAGAAGAGCACCACGGUGGAGACAGAAACGCGCGAGGAGACGGAGGUGGAGGAAAGCAGCCUCACGACAACGUCCGGCAACACGACGACGUCCGUGUCAGGUGGUCAGGCCAUCCGCUCAACCGUGGAGGCUGGCGCGGCCCCGGGCGAGUCGGUGCAGACUGAGGUGUUCCAGUCGCAGGAAGCCGACGGCAGCAUCGUGACAAAGACGGUGAAGACGACGACACGACUUUCGACGUCUGCCAGCGGCGAGCUGGUGAAGACCUUUGAGGUGGAGACGACGACGGAGACAGAGACGACUUCUGGCGAGAAGAGCACCACGGUGGAGACAGAAACGCGCGAGGAGACGGAGGUGGAGGAAAGCAGCCUCACGACGACGUCCGGCAACACGACGACGUCCGUGUCAGGUGGUCAGGUCAUCCGCUCAACCGUGGAGGCUGGCGCGGCCCCGGGCGAGUCGGUGCAGACUGAGGUGUUCCAGUCGCAGGAAGCCGACGGCAGCAUCGUGACAAAGACGGUGAAGACGACGACACGACUUUCGACGUCUGCCAGCGGCGAGCUGGUGAAGACCUUUGAGGUGGAGACGACGACGGAGACAGAGACGACUUCUGGCGAGAAGAGCACCACGGUGGAGACAGAAACGCGCGAGGAGACGGAGGUGGAGGAAAGCAGCCUCACGACGACGUCCGGCAACACGACGACGUCCGUGUCAGGUGGUCAGGUCAUCCGCUCAACCGUGGAGGCUGGCGCGGCCCCGGGCGAGUCGGUGCAGACUGAGGUGUUCCAGUCGCAGGAAGCCGACGGCAGCAUCGUGACAAAGACGGUGAAGACGACGACACGACUUUCGACGUCUGCCAGCGGCGAGCUGGUGAAGACCUUUGAGGUGGAGACGACGACGGAGACAGAGACGACUUCUGGCGAGAAGAGCACCACGGUGGAGACAGAAACGCGCGAGGAGACGGAGGUGGAGGAAAGCAGCCUCACGACAACGUCCGGCAACACGACGACGUCCGUGUCAGGUGGUCAGGCCAUCCGCUCAACCGUGGAGGCUGGCGCGGCCCCGGGCGAGUCGGUGCAGACUGAGGUGUUCCAGUCGCAGGAAGCCGACGGCAGCAUCGUGACAAAGACGGUGAAGACGACGACACGACUUUCGACGUCUGCCAGCGGCGAGCUGGUGAAGACCUUUGAGGUGGAGACGACGACGGAGACAGAGACGACUUCUGGCGAGAAGAGCACCACGGUGGAGACAGAAACGCGCGAGGAGACGGAGGUGGAGGAAAGCAGCCUCACGACAACGUCCGGCAACACGACGACGUCCGUGUCAGGUGGUCAGGCCAUCCGCUCAACCGUGGAGGCUGGCGCGGCCCCGGGCGAGUCGGUGCAGACUGAGGUGUUCCAGUCGCAGGAAGCCGACGGCAGCAUCGUGACAAAGACGGUGAAGACGACGACACGACUUUCGACGUCUGCCAGCGGCGAGCUGGUGAAGACCUUUGAGGUGGAGACGACGACGGAGACAGAGACGACUUCCGGCGAGAAGAGCACCACGGUGGAGACAGAAACGCGCGAGGAGACGGAGGUGGAGGAAAGCAGCCUCACGACGACGUCCGGCAACACGACGACGUCCGUGUCAGGUGGUCAGGUCAUCCGCUCAACCGUGGAGGCUGGCGCGGCCCCGGGCGAGUCGGUGCAGACUGAGGUGUUCCAGUCGCAGGAAGCCGACGGCAGCAUCGUGACAAAGACGGUGAAGACGACGACACGACUUUCGACGUCUGCCAGCGGCGAGCUGGUGAAGACCUUUGAGGUGGAGACGACGACGGAGACAGAGACGACUUCUGGCGAGAAGAGCACCACGGUGGAGACAGAAACGCUCGAGGAGACGGAGGUGGAGGAAAGCAGCCUCACGACAACGUCCGGCAACACGACGACGUCCGUGUCAGGUGGUCAGGCCAUCCGCUCAACCGUGGAGGCUGGCGCGGCCCCGGGCGAGUCGGUGCAGACUGAGGUGUUCCAGUCGCAGGAAGCCGACGGUAGCAUCGUGACAAAGACGGUGAAGACGACGACACGACUUUCGACGUCUGCCAGCGGCGAGCUGGUGAAGACCUUUGAGGUGGAGACGACGACGGAGACAGAGACGACUUCUGGCGAGAAGAGCACCACGGUGGAGACAGAAACGCGCGAGGAGACGGAGGUGGAGGAAAGCAGCCUCACGACAACGUCCGGCAACACGACGACGUCCGUGUCAGGUGGUCAGGCCAUCCGCUCAACCGUGGAGGCUGGCGCGGCCCCGGGCGAGUCGGUGCAGACUGAGGUGUUCCAGUCGCAGGAAGCCGACGGCAGCAUCGUGACAAAGACGGUGAAGACGACGACACGACUUUCGACGUCUGCCAGCGGCGAGCUGGUGAAGACCUUUGAGGUGGAGACGACGACGGAGACAGAGACGACUUCUGGCGAGAAGAGCACCACGGUGGAGACAGAAACGCGCGAGGAGACGGAGGUGGAGGAAAGCAGCCUCACGACAACGUCCGGCAACACGACGACGUCCGUGUCAGGUGGUCAGGCCAUCCGCUCAACCGUGGAGGCUGGCGCGGCCCCGGGCGAGUCGGUGCAGACUGAGGUGUUCCAGUCGCAGGAAGCCGACGGCAGCAUCGUGACAAAGACGGUGAAGACGACGACACGACUUUCGACGUCUGCCAGCGGCGAGCUGGUGAAGACCUUUGAGGUGGAGACGACGACGGAGACAGAGACGACUUCUGGCGAGAAGAGCACCACGGUGGAGACAGAAACGCGCGAGGAGACGGAGGUGGAGGAAAGCAGCCUCACGACGACGUCCGGCAACACGACGACGUCCGUGUCAGGUGGUCAGGCCAUCCGCUCAACCGUGGAGGCUGGCGCGGCCCCGGGCGAGUCGGUGCAGACUGAGGUGUUCCAGUCGCAGGAAGCCGACGGCAGCAUCGUGACAAAGACGGUGAAGACGACGACACGACUUUCGACGUCUGCCAGCGGCGAGCUGGUGAAGACCUUUGAGGUGGAGACGACGACGGAGACAGAGACGACUUCUGGCGAGAAGAGCACCACGGUGGAGACAGAAACGCGCGAGGAGACGGAGGUGGAGGAAAGCAGCCUCACGACAACGUCCGGCAACACGACGACGUCCGUGUCAGGUGGUCAGGCCAUCCGCUCAACCGUGGAGGCUGGCGCGGCCCCGGGCGAGUCGGUGCAGACUGAGGUGUUCCAGUCGCAGGAAGCCGACGGCAGCAUCGUGACAAAGACGGUGAAGACGACGACACGACUUUCGACGUCUGCCAGCGGCGAGCUGGUGAAGACCUUUGAGGUGGAGACGACGACGGAGACAGAGACGACUUCUGGCGAGAAGAGCACCACGGUGGAGACAGAAACGCGCGAGGAGACGGAGGUGGAGGAAAGCAGCCUCACGACAACGUCCGGCAACACGACGACGUCCGUGUCAGGUGGUCAGGCCAUCCGCUCAACCGUGGAGGCUGGCGCGGCCCCGGGCGAGUCGGUGCAGACUGAGGUGUUCCAGUCGCAGGAAGCCGACGGCAGCAUCGUGACAAAGACGGUGAAGACGACGACACGACUUUCGACGUCUGCCAGCGGCGAGCUGGUGAAGACCUUUGAGGUGGAGACGACGACGGAGACAGAGACGACUUCUGGCGAGAAGAGCACCACGGUGGAGACAGAAACGCGCGAGGAGACGGAGGUGGAGGAAAGCAGCCUCACGACGACGUCCGGCAACACGACGACGUCCGUGUCAGGUGGUCAGGCCAUCCGCUCAACCGUGGAGGCUGGCGCGGCCCCGGGCGAGUCGGUGCAGACUGAGCGGCGAGCUGGUGAAGACCUUUGA